AUGGCUACAGGUGACCGUCGCCGCCGCAAAAACAACAUAGGAGGAGGAGGAGGAGGAGUAGAUUCAAUAAGCUCUCUACCUGAUGAGCUCCUCCAACAAAUCCUCUGCUUUUUGCCGACCAAAUUCGCUAUAAGAACUUCCCUCUUGUCCAAACGAUGGAGGCGAAUAUGGUGCGAUACACCUUGUAUCUCCUUUGAAAGCUGUGCACUGCUAGCUGCUUCGAGAAGCAUGAUCCAGGAUCGUUACACUGCUCCCAAGAUGAUGAGUUUACACCUCCGAACCGGCAUGGUCUGCAAUGUUAAGCACAUCAACAGUUGGAUCGAGCUGGCCAAGUCCCGCAAAGUGGAGAAUAUUUACUUGCAACUUUAUUUUAAAAGUGGAUAUAAGUAUAUACCUCCUGAUUCCUUCUACAUAGAUUCCUCUCUCAAGGAACUCAGCUUAUCUUUUACUGCUAUGAUUCCCAGAGGCUCCGUGUCUUGGACAUCCCUCAAGAAACUUACAUUGAGUCAUUGUAGACUCUCCGAUGAAUCCUUGGCUACGAUUCUAUCUGGUUGUCCUCAAUUCACCGAGUCUAAAAACAUUAGAAGUGGAUCCCCACUAUAG